CUUCAGAGGAGUGAGUGUCAAGCUCUGUAGCUUAGGAUUGUGAGUGUGCUUCUUCUGUUGUGAAAAUACUAUAGGAUAGGCUUGUAUGCCUAAACUCGGUGCGUCUAGGACCAAUUUUUACUCGAGUUGACUAAACUUGGCAAUAAUCCCAGUGUGAUAUAGGAAUGAAAGGACAGGACUGGUGUUGAUUAAAGUAAUUCAGAAAAACUGAAUCAAAUAGGAAAGCCGACUUGAGAUCGAUUCCGAACCUCUCUGACGCGAUUCUUGUUCACUAUUUCUCAGCGGCUAGGUCUUAUAAUGGCAAAUCAUCCUCAAAAUUAUCAACAACCACAAAGCCUUCUUCCAGAGGUUCUAGUCCUUGAAAGAUCACCAGUUUUCAAAUUCCACGAACAUCGACUGUCCCAAAAGUUCCAUUUCUUGAAAGCAUGGGAGUCGCAACUUCCUCUCCACCAAUUCUUGGCCGCUCAUGCUUACUCAGUCCAAGUUCUGCUCUCCUCAGGAAGAGAUCCAGUCACCGCUAAUAAUAUUCGGCUGCUCCCAUCGCUGCGGCUCAUCGUCACCACAAGCGCAGGUCUCAACCACAUAGACUUGCAAGAGUGUCGGCGACAAGGGAUUGCCAUAGCAACUGCUGGAAGCUUGUAUUCUGAAGAUGUUGCAGAUUUAACAGUAGGACUUUUUAUUGAUGUAUUGAGAAAGAUUUCUGCUUCCGAUCAGUAUGUUAGACAAGGGUCAUGGCCUACCAAAGGAGACUUUCCUCUUGGCUUUAAGUUGAGAGGAAGACAAGUUGGGAUUGUUGGACUGGGAAGCAUUGGCUUGGAGGUUGCAAAAAGGGUAGAAGCAUUUGGUUGCAAAAUUAUGUAUAAUUCAAGAAACAAGAAACCAUCUGUACCCUAUCCAUACUAUUCAAAUGUCUGUGAACUAGCAGCUAAUUGUGAUGUUCUCAUAAUUUGCUGCGGAUUAACAGACCAAACCCGCCACAUGAUCAACAAAGAAGUCUUUGAAGCACUGGGGAAGGAAGGAGUGAUUGUUAAUGUUGGGCGUGGGGUUAUUAUAGAUGAGCAAGAAAUGGUGCAACGUUUAGUGCAAGGAGAGAUUGCAGGUGCUGGGUUGGAUGUUUUUGAGAAUGAGCCUCAUGUUCCUAAGGAGCUCACUGUAUUGAACAAUGUUGUUCUGUCUCCACAUAGAGCUGUCCAUACCACGGAAAACUUGGUUGCUUUAUGUGAACUUGUCAUAGGGAACUUGGAAGCGUUCUUUUCCAACAAACCUCUUCUGACUCCAAUAAUUGCUAUAGAUGAUUGAAUAUGAUUCUGUAUUAGAUUUUAAUUUUAAUGUAUGAUGUUUAUGAAUUGCGAUGAUCGUUGAGAA